AAUACUCCUGGCCUUGAGCUGCCUGGCAUAAAGCACUCCUCCACCAACACACUGACCUCCUUUGUGCUCCUGAAUGUCUUCGACGAGGUCAACGCCGCCGCCGCCGCCCUACGCGGGCCAUAGUUCACGGCGAGACCACCAGUCAGUAACCUCGACCCAUUCUUCAAGUUCAUCCUCUUCACGCAGCAGCCGUUCGCACGCACAUCCCGCAGUUGAGUCUGCCGUCACACGUCUUCUCGUGGCCAUCAAACAACUUCUUGAGUCCCUCACCCAAUGGAGCACCGGCAAAAUGGACGAGAUCCAGGUGAGCGACGUCUACGUCCGCCUCGGGAAUGACUUCAACGCGGCUGUGGCUGCAUUUGCUGCAUUUAAUAUCGAUAUGUCAGACCUCAUGUCCGUGCCCGAAGACCUACGAGAGGUCCUCGAAACCUGCCUAGCAGAGGAAGCCACAACAGACAACCUCAACGUGUAUCUACCCACUGUGCGCAAGAUUAUCACCAACCUCCUUCAGGGUCUCCGCGGCAAGCAGUCCAUGUACCGUCGGAUCGUGUCGGAGCACCAGACACGACAUCGUUCGUCCCAUUCACGGACAGACAGUCGCUCGUCUAAGUCUGACAAGGCUUCACGGCGUGAUGACGAUUCCAGACAUCGGUCGCAGCUUUCGCGUAGCGUAUUGGAGGAGGAGGGAGAGGGGGACAGGGAUAGGGAUAGGGACAGGGACAGCACGACAAGACAGUCUGCAAGAUCGUCAGUAAAACGACAAGACCCAAUUUCGCAAACCCCUCCGCCGCCAUCUCCGCCAUCCGUCUUUCGCGAACCUGACGAUGAAACGUCGGCUCAUGAAAACACGAUCACCAGCAGCGCCAACGGGCACACCAAUCGAGGCUCAGUCCCGCCUCAGGCACGACAAUCGCAGAAUGUGCACAAGCACAAUGGUGACACACUUUCGCGUGAUUCAUCAGAGACCUUGGUCGCAUCUUCCGUAACAGCAACUCCACAUCACGCCCCACCCAGCGAGCCAGACAAGAAUUUGCCUCAAACACCACCUCAGAGUGUCCCUGUACCUGCCUCCGUCAAGCGCUAUUCGCUCGUCGAUAGACCAGUUUCCCUAUCGCCUCCCUUACUCCCUGCAGUGCUGAUAGAUGAAGCACCAACCCCUCCUAGCGAAAUCUCCUCACCACAAACUCCCAUCGACAGCCUGCAAGCACCUGCAGUCGCCAGCUCCCUAGCCGCAUUGAAGAAGAGCGACGUGCUCGAGCGGCGUGCGUCGAAGCGUUUCUCGACGUACAACAUCACGAAAAUGACAGGCUCACGGGAGCGGUCAGGCAAUCGGCGGUCGAUGGCAGCAGGGUCAUUGCUGACACCAGGGGACUUGGCGGUUCUAACAGAAGUGGAUGAACCGGAAGUCAAGCGCACCGGCAGCGCGCGGUCUAACAGAACGAUAUCGCGAACGCCCUCGCCCAUAGUCGAGGCGGAGGCAGCCCCUCCCGUUCCUCCAUUGCCUUCGUUAAUAGAGCCCGUUCGCUCCCAACGAGCUCGUACGCCGUCCAAAGCAGACAACGUGACAACAGAGCCUACGGUCUUUGAACAGACACCUGAACCUGUUUCCCUGACCACGUUCUCAGUUUUCUUACAAGUCGGGCGAGAAGUCAAGAAGGUCACCAUCGAACCUGGUUUGUCCUUUUCGUCGUUGAGGAUGUUAUUCGUGGAUAGGUUCUCGUAUAAUCCGGGUCAGGAGAAUUUCCCUGCGAUAUACAUACGUGACCCCUCUAGCGGUGUGCAGUAUGAGCUGGAAGAUAUUGAGGAGGUGAAGGAGAAAUGCCUGCUAUCUCUCAACAUCGAACCGCUCGAUCAAAUAAAGCAACACAUCGACACUCAGAUAUCGACGCUGUCUAACGACCUUAAAGAACUUCGCACCGCGAUUUCAAAUGACCGUCGAUCGUCCCACGUGAAUCCCAUCAUCGCCCAUGACUUCGUCGAGAGCACACCGAGGACAGAUCGGCCAUCCGAAAGGCAACUACACAAUGUCGCACGUAGGCUCUCGCGCAUCGUGGGUGACGUGAGCUCGAGCGGCAGUCCAUUCAUCCUGCCUCAGAUGACUGGGCAGUCUCUUCAACUACAGCCCCAAACGACGGGGGCCUCGGCGAUGUCCGAGUACUCCAACCGAGUAGUGGAUGAUCUGAAGACGCAGUUCGACGAGGUACAGAACCUGCGACGUGAUCUAGGAAUCAUGAGACAGCUGUACACGGAGUUUAUGAAGUCGACGAAGGACUCCUUGGGCGCUUUGCGGACACAAACGCAAUCUGUGAAGCAGCUAGCGUCUGUCAAGGUUGGCGGCGCACGGGGCUUUAUAGACCAGGGGAAGACGAAAUUGGACACACGGAGUCAGAACGUGUUGACGAAGGUCGAGGAGUUGCAGGACACGGUGGAGGCACUCCGAGAUGACGUUCUCAAGCGCCAUAUGACUCCCAAGCCUCAGCUAGUGAAGCAGAUUCAGGAGGACAUCACUUCCACUGCUACGGAGCUGGCUAGUCUCAAAGAGCACAUUGAUACCGUCAGGCCGAUGUGGAAGAAGACUUGGGAAGAGGAGCUGCAGAAUAUCGUAGAGGAACAAGGCUUCCUCGGCCAUCAAGAAGAAUUCUUGACCGAUCUCCUCGAAGAUCACAAAGCUUUGGUGGACGUCUUUGGGCACGUUGACAAGGUCAUUUCUAUCCGCGGCACUACCCCCGGACGCAAUAACAAAGGCCGUGGAUUUAAGCCUCUUCCAGUGGACGAGGGCCAUACUGGCCUGAGUACUGUCAUGAUGGAGAUUCGGGGCGCAGCGGUUGACCCAGAGCGGCGGAUGAAGGCAAUUGAGGCAAACCAGAAAAACCGGGAACGAGACCUCGCGAGCCGGUCUGAUGAAUUUCAGGAGGAGCUGUCAGGAUUCGUGGGUGGCAAGAGGUUGCGAAUGACAGGCGGAGCUGAAGAGGUGGAUAGAGUGCGGCAGAGAAGGAACGAGUUAGCGCUAAAAGCGAUGUUCAACAGCGCAUCAGCAUCAUCUGCUGACAACUUAUCGGGUUUCCCGACUUCCCUGAGUGCUGGUUGAUGGCCAACACUAUUAGAUUUGAACUUUGACGGGGACAUUUGGUAGUUACCUGUCCUUGUGGAACCUGUAUUUCAUGCUUACUGGGACUUGGUUUUUCGUGUUGCACCUUGGUUUCAUUAAUCAUAUGGAGAGCCGACUGACAUUGCAUUU